AUGGCGGUCCCGCGGCGCAGUGACGAGGCCAGCGCGGGGAGGAGGGCCGCGGCCUCGGGCCCGCCCCGGCCCGGGGAGGAGCGGAGGCCACGCCGUCCCGCCCCUCCUGGCCUCCGCCGGGAGCGCGCUGCUCCGGGGCGGCGGGGCUCGCUCUCCGGGUGCCGCUGCGGCGGGCUCCGGGCCGGCCCCUGUUGCCGCGCGGGCCGAAUCGGCGGAGUCGGAGGUGGAGGCGUCCGCCUUUCCUUUGUCCGUUCGCUCGUGGACUUGCUCGCACACCCACUUAGGACAGACGCUCGGCUCCGGGACGCCGGCUACAAGAACCUCCAACUACCUGCAAAUCAGGUUAAUUCAUCUUGUUUCUGAUUAAGUUUGAUCCUGUGAGAAAUGACUACUGGCAGAAAAAUGAAGAAUAAAGUGGAAAUGAGUACACAAGCACAGGCUUGAGUAGAGAAAACAGUGGAGACAAACUUCAUGAAAUGAGAAGUCAAAUCUAAGCACCUAGGUUUUGAGACUGGCUACACACCUACAAUGUACAUCGUGUGACUGAGCAAGUUCCAAAUGAAUGUAAUGGCAGGGGCACAACAAUGGCGGUUCAGUGCGGCCUCUCCUGUCAGAUGGGCAGGAUGUGAAGUGGUGAGAAUGCCCGACAACUGACAACCUUUGGCGGGAGCUGUCCUCAUUAAAUGACAACCUUUGGCGGGAGCUGUCCUCAUUAAAUGAAUAGUGAACAAACCAGUGGUCCCACUGAAGCAGAGUUUGAGCUUAUUUUCACUACAAUUGUGCCUCACUUCUCUACCUUAUUGUUUUUACCCCUCUAGUUAGCAUUAUUCUUGUUCCUUGUCAGUUUUGGAGGAUGUUGCACAGAUAUAUGCAAUUUGUUGCUGGUUUUUUUUUUAGCAUAAACUGUCAGUAAACACAGCAAAUAUGGAAUGGUUUGGUUUUUUAAGCAGGUGUAAUGAUUUUAUUGGUUCCUAUCCUGUGUAACUCAUUCUCUAAAAUGAGAUUAUGUAUAUAAUAGCUAUUGUUCUUUCAUCUGGAUUUGAGAUUAAGAAAUAUUAUUUUAAAAUAAAAGAAAAUCACAACACAAAAAUAUGGUUAUCCAUGCAGUUUGUUAGCCUGGUUUUUACUUGCCAUCAGUACUUCUCCCUAGUGUUCAACAGCUUUAAGUAUUAUAUUUUAAUUUCAAAUCUCAUGUUAGAAAACAAUAUUCAGAGCCUCAUUUAAUAAACAUGUAUCAAAUACUCA